AUGGCCCUGGCGGUGAGUUUGACCAACACGGGCAUGCAACAGGACGCCUGCGAGGCCCUGCACCGCUGGAUCUGCCACAACCCCCGUUACAAACACCUGCUGCUAGGGAGCCGGAGCCCCUUGCUGCAGGGGUCCCCCGGCACACCGCGCAGGGGCCGUCCCCAUACGCCAACCUCUUGGUACGCCCACCUCUUGGUUACAAUAAUUAUAGCUUGCAGAUAUAUUGCUUUAUUCCUUGUUAUAAGCAUAUAUGAGCCUUUAUAAUGUACAGUGUCCAUAUUAGGACAGCUUCAGUCUCAACAUGACUUCGUUCAAUCUCAGGAUAUCGUAACAAUGUCUUAACAUAUUGAGCCUAUUUGGCAAAAAAUGAUGCCCUUCGUUUCUGAAGGAGCUCAUUUAAAAUGUCUGCACACUUUACUUAAACUUGCUGAAUCCAUGCACUUUGGUUACUGUCUUGAAGCACAUAGGGUGCACAGUGUGUCAGCACAGUGAGUGUGUGUGUGUGUGUGUGUGUGCGCGCUUGCAGCAGCCAGCUGGCGGAGGUGAAGGGAUUGUAUCAGGAGGCCGCCCUGCUGAACACAGAUGGGGUGGACCCGGACCUCCAGACAGGCCUUGGGGUCCUGUUCAACCUCAGCUCCGAGUUUGACAAGGCUGUGGAGGCAUUCAACUCAGCCCUGUCUGUCAGACCUGAGGUAUCCAUUAAUAUAGUACAGAGACACACACGCACACACACUAUGCACCAACCUAUCACAAAAACACCUAAACCUACCACACGCACAUGCACACACACACACACCCUUCCACCCCCACCCAUUCUCGUUAUGUUGUCUGUCAGGACUAUCUGCUGUGGAACCGCCUGGGGGCCACACUGGCUAAUGGGGACCGUAGUGAGGAGGCGGUGGAGGCAUACACCCGGGCCCUGGAGCUCCAGCCGGGCUUCAUCAGGUCCCGCUACAACCUGGGCAUCAGCUGCAUCAACCUGGGAGCGCACAAGUAGGCAAGGGGGUUGGGAUGGGUUGAGCUGAUUGAGAGAGUGAGAGGGCAGUCAGAUAAGGAGAGAGAGGAGUAAGAGAUGUAGUAAUAAUAAUAAUUUAUUCAACCUUUAUAGCGCUAUUCAUUACAUAAAGAAUCUCAAAGAGCUUUAAAACAACAAAAAUACAUGCAAUUUAGAAAAAACAACAUCACAACAUCAUGAGAUGGACAGCCAUUAGAGAGUUCAUGGCUUGAGUGGUCAUCUGAGGGAAGGGGCAAGCAGGCAGCACGGUCUUAUCAAGGUGUCUCGUGUCUACAACCAAAAUGAAGCACCCACUUAGAUGAUCCUACGGCAGUCACGUGGCGCCAGAAAGCACACCACAUUUCAUAAUAUGUAACUUGUCCUCCCUACGAUCCUUAUCACUGCACACCUCUGCCGUCUUGCUUUUCGGCCUUACUCCAUCCUCAACCUCCGAACACUGGCUGGCAUUCGAAUCAAAUCAAUUGCCAGCUAGCCCGUUAACAUUAGAUAGCUAGCCAAAUAAACAAAUGACUUGCCAGCUUCAGUCUUAAUGCUGUGGUUGAUUCUGAUGAUAUUAGCUAUGUUAAUUGUUCAUUCUUAAAACAAAAAGAUUGUAUGGGAAAAAAUAUUUACAAAACGCACUAGAGGUCUCUGCUUAGGCUGCUACAAGGGCGCCAUGGCAGCUGUAGAACGAUGUCGUUGAAGGCUUACUUUCCUGUGGGGUUAGGAAUAGUAUCUCCUUGUUAAAGUGACAGGUUUAAAGGGAUAGUUCAGCCAAAUGACAAGUUUACUUGAUAGACUGGCUACUUUGACAAAACCAAAGCAUUGAUUACAGUCUUUCCUUGUUCAUAGACUGCUUUCAAAGUAAGUAUAUAGACUUUUCAUUUAGCUAUCCCUUACUUUGGGGUGCUACCAAUGCUAACAGGGGCCCUACCUCUCCAAUUGUUUUACACUCAACAAUGUUAAUGCUUUUAAAGCUGUUUGUAAACAAACCCAUAUUUUGGGUUACAGAAUAUCUCGGUCCAUGUACUACUUUCUACUUAUUUACAUUUUACAUUUUAGUCAUUUAGCAGACCCAUAAGAUGAAUUGAAGUUGUAAUAAUGGAAAACUAUUCCUUUAAGAUGAAGUAAAAUUGUAAUAACAGCGAACUAUCUCUUAAGAUAAAGUAAAGUUGUCAUAAUUAUCCUUUUAAAGUUGAUUUCACCUUUUUCCUCAUUUUUUUAGGGAGGCAGUUAGUAACUUCCUGACUGCCCUUAACCAGCAGAGGCAGAGCCAGAGUCACCAAGUCAUGUCGGCAAACAUCUGGGCUGCCCUGCGGAUCGCCCUCUCCAUGAUGGACCGGCCCGAGCUCUUCCAGGCUGCGAACCUUGGAGACCUGGACCGUCUCAUGAAGGCCUUCGAAAUGGGGGGGGUUAUGUGA